AGGAGACCCAUGCAUGGGUCAUCGUUCAGCCACGAGACGGCUUGCCUUGAGCCCCACCAUGAGCGCGAACGUUGAAGUGCCUUUCUUCCUACGCAUGUACCUCUUUGCGAGACGCGGGGGGCGAGGCCAUGUCGUGCUACCUACGACGGCAGUACCUCCGUGGCGGCCGACAGGGGUGCCUCGCUGCCACCGCCGCCGGUACGUCAAGCUGCCGCCGCUGCCGUACCGCUGCUAUUCGCCAGCACAGCCCCAACCCGCAUCCAUUUCGCCUAGCGAAUAAAGGCGAGUUUGUUUGCUACAACGUCUCACACGCGUGCCUGCCCUGUUCGCUGUUCUGCACCCACAACUAUCUCCAAUUAUCUCAAUUAGUUGGGAACCAAUAGACAACGGUUAAGUUUUGCCCAAGCGGCCGGCCAAGUAGCAUGCCGCAAGCAUCGCCUGGCAACCGGUGCAUGUGGCGUGUCUAUUAGGCCGGCUGCGUGGGCUCGGCAUGUUGCUCUGAGGGCCCGUUGCAUGGGGCUGGAGUGUCUCCGGCUAGCUCGCUGCCUGCUUCUAAACAUGCAUUGCUCUAGUGUCCCAUACAUCCGUUCUCUCAUCGCCACCAACCCAUUCCCUCCCCCCCCCUCCUUGCCCCCACAUCGAUCUCCGCAUGAGCCUCCGAUCCUGGCUCCUGCGCUUCGUCCGCCACCCAGCCCCCGCACCGCCAUCUCCUGCACCGCUCCCGCCUGGCGUGCCGCCUUCUUCGCCGGAGCCACCACCCAUCCCCUCGCCGCCGUCUCCUUCCCCGCUCCCGCCUGGCGUGCCGCCUUCUUCGCCGGAGCCGCCACCCAGCCCUGCACCGACAUCUCCUUCCCCGCUCCCGCCUGGCGUGCCGCAUCCUUCGCCAGAGCCGCCACCCAGCCCCUCACCGACAUUUCCUGCACCGCUCCCGCCUGGCGUGCCGCCUUCUUCGCCGGAGCCGCCACCCAGCCCUGCACCGACAUCUCCUUCCCCGCUCCCGCCUGGCGCGCCGCCUUCUUCGCCGGAGCCGCCACCCAUCCCCUCGCCGCCGUCUCCUUCCCUGCUCCCGCCUGGCGUGCCGCCUUCUUCGCCGGAGCCGCCACCCAGCCCCUCACCGCCAUCUCCUUCCCCGCUCCCGCCUGGCGUGCCGCCUUCUUCACCAGAGCCGCCACCCAGCCCCCGCACCGCCAUCUCCUUCCCCGCUCCCGCCUGGCGUGCCGCCUUCUUCACCGGAGCCGCCACCCAGCCCCUCGCCGCCAUCUCCUUCCCCGCUCCCGCCUGGCGUGCCGCCUUCUUCACCAGAGCCGCCACCCAGCCCCUCGCCGCCAUCUCCUGCACCGCUCCCGCCUGGCGUGCCGCCUUCUUCGCCGGAGCCGCCACCCAUCCCCUCGCCGCCGUCUCCUUCCCCGCUCCCGCCUGGCGUGCCGCCUUCUUCGCCGGAGCCGCCACCCAGCCCCCGCACCGCCAUCUCCUUCCCCGCUCCCGCCUGGCGCGCCGCCUUCUUCGCCGGAGCCGCCACCCAUCCCCUCGCCGCCAUCUCCUUCCCCGCUCCCGCCUGGCGUGCCGCCUUCUUCGCCGGAGCCGCCAUCCAGCCCCCGCACCGCCAUCUCCUUCCCCGCUCCCGCCUGGCGCGCCGCCUUCUUCGCCGGAGCCGCCACCCAUCCCCUCGCCGCCAUCUCCUUCCCCGCUCCCGCCUGGCGUGCCGCCUUCUUCGCCGGAGCCGCCACCCAGCCCCUCACCGCCAUCUCCUGCACCGCUCCCGCCUGGCGUAUCGCCUUCUUCGCAAGAGCCGCCACCCAGCCCCCGCACCGCCAUCUCCUUCCCCGCUCCCGCCUGGCGUGCCGCCUUCUUCGCCGGAGCCGCCACCCAGCCCCUCACCGCCAUCUCCUUCCCCGCUCCUGCCUGGCGUGCCGCCUUCUUCACCGGAGCCGCCACCCAGCCCCUCACCGCCAUCUCCUGCACCGCUCCCGCCUGGCGUAUCGCCUUCUUCGCAAGAGCCGCCACCCAGCCCCCGCACCGCCAUCUCCUUCCCCGCUCCCGCCUGGCGUGCCGCCUUCUUCGCCGGAGCCGCCACCCAGCCCCUCACCGCCAUCUCCUUCCCCGCUCCCGCCUGGCGUGCCGCCUCCUUCGCCGGAGCCGCCACCCAGCCCCUCACCGCCAUCUCCUUCCCCGCUCCCGCCUGGCGUGCCGCCUUCUUCGCCGGAGCCGCCACCCAGCCCCUCACCGCCAUCUCCUUCCCCGCUCCCGCCUGGCGCGCCGCCUACUUCGCCAGCGCCGCCACCCAGCCCCUCACCGCCAUCUCCUUCCCCGCUCCCGCCUGGCGUGCCGCCUUCUUCGCCGGAGCCGCCACCCAGCCCUGCACCGACAUCUCCUUCCCCGCUCCCGCCUGGCGUGCCGCAUCCUUCGCCAGAGCCGCCACCCAGCCCUGCACCGACAUCUCCUUCCCCGCUCCCGCCUGGCGUGCCGCCUUCUUCGCCGGAGCCGCCACCCAGCCCCUCACCGCCAUCUCCUUCCCCGCUCCCGCCUGGCGUGCCGCCUUCUUCACCAGAGCCGCCACCCAGCCCCUCGCCGCCAUCUCCUGCACCGCUCCCGCCUGGCGUGCCGCCUUCUUCGCCGGAGCCGCCACCCAUCCCCUCGCCGCCGUCUCCUUCCCCGCUCCCGCCUGGCGUGCCGCCUUCUUCGCCGGAGCCGCCACCCAGCCCCUCACCGCCAUCUCCUUCCCCGCUCCCGCCUGGCGUGCCGCCUUCUUCACCGGAGCCGCCACCCAGCCCCUCGCCGCCAUCUCCUGCACCGCUCCCGCCUGGCGUGCCGCCUUCUUCGCCAGAGCCGCCACGCAGCCCCCGCACCGCCAUCUCCUGCACCGCUCCCGCCUGGCGUGCCGCCUUCUUCACCGGAGCCGCCACCCAGCCCCUCACCGCCAUCUCCUUCCCCGCUCCCGCCUGGCGUGCCGCCUUCUUCGCCAGAGCCGCCACCCAGCCCAGCAACGACAUCUCCUUCCCCGCUCCCGCCUGGCGUGCCGCCUUCUUCACCGGAGCCGCCACCCAGCCCUGCACCGACAUCUCCUUCCCUGCUCCCGCCUGGCGUGCCGCCUUCUUCGCCGGAGCCAACAUCCAGCCCCUCACCGACAUUUCCUGCACCGCUCCCGCCUGGCGUGCCGCCUUCUUCGCCGGAGCCGCCGUAACUAAGCCGGCUGUUAAUCCUCGACCCACGGUCUCUGCAACACCAGACGCCAUGCUCGCUUACCACAACAUGCUGACGUGUCGUACGUACGCAGCGGUUCAAUCUGCUGCGAGUUCCCGCGGAUGAGGAGCUUAGCGGCUUGGACAUAAGCAGGUGUGCUCGGUGGGGUGGGUGACGGGGUGUGUGCUUCACAGUGUCGGACAUGGCGACUUGGCAAGGAAAGACAAGGCAAAAUGAAGCAAGUGAAGUAACCAGCACCAAGGAACACAACAUCAGGUGUAUGUACGGGUUCAUUGCUGCUUGCUGCUGCCACGCUUACAGCCGGAUAAGAGGAUGCAUCAGCUGUUGUUAUUCACGAUUCGCGGUUGCGUUCGUACACGCCGAUACGCUACCGUAUUGCCAUAAAUUAAUGAUGCGCAUGCUUUUCGUCUCCGUUGGGCGGAUCUGUUGCUUAAACAGGCACUGCAGUCGGGCGUACUACAUUGACCAGUACAACACGGGUGCACCCGCUACGGGAGAAGCCACGUACCCCAUAUCGUACGACAAUACGUACAGCAAUCCCGCGUACAGCAUAUCCGUCAAACCACCGAAGACGAGGAUCGGUUCAUUAUGGGAGCACCGCCAUCUCAGGUCGCCGUACAACAGCAAAGCACUGCAUCUUUACGUGGUGGUGGUGGUGGUACGACAGCAGUACCCUUGACGGCGCGUGGUGACUCGGCGGCGGCUGGGAACUACGGCGACGGCGGUCGAGCCGUACCACGCGCCGCUUUCAAUUAGCUGGAAGAAUCAGCACAUCUGAGAACACAUGUGAGGAUUUGCGGUUGGUACGCAGUCCGUUUUGUUGCAGGAAUGACUGUGCUUCAUUACAGGGAAAGUGGGGUUGUGCGCCGUUAUCUGAACGUGAGGAAGGGGGGGCAGGCCUUUCUACGCAGGUUGGGUGUUACGUUUGCAGCAGGAUGGAAAGCAGCUCUCAUGAGUGUGUGCAUGAGUGCAUGCACACAAAGAAAGGGAAGCAGGUGUUGUUGUUAUGAAGCCUGGAUGUCGACGGUUGUUAUAGGAGGACCUCAUUAGGACGGUUCAUGGGGUACGCACAUGUAUUUAGUGCGAAUUUACGCGGAUUGUUGGGUCAUCCGCGGUCUGCUGUUUGUUUGUUGGGGGUAUGUACAGUAGGGGAUGCAGGGUUCAUGGUGCCGGUUGUAGCGUGCAGGCAGGCUGGGAAGUAUGCAGCUUGUAGGGAUUGCGAGGUUUCAGGUUACUGGGGGCAUGGGGUGCUUUGUUUCGUGCGUUUGCCGGCUGCUUUCCUCAGCAAUGCUCCACAGGAAACCCGUACGGUAAACGACAGGCUUUGGAAGGAUGCAGGGACACCAG